AUGGUUUCUAUGCUGGUGAUCAAGGGGACCGUUUCUUUUGGCCAAAGUACGAAGAUAACAUCUAUGUUCGUUAUGGAAACGAACUUUGCUUUUUUUGCCGAAUUGCAUCUUUUCUACGAAGAUGGAUCUCAUGUUGUUGAAGUUUCGGACAACAAAUGGAGAGUCGCCCCUAGUGCAACUUUAUUAGCAAACAUUUAUGCGUCUGAAACUCAUGAUCGACGUUUAUAUCCGAUAGGAUGGGAUGCACCAGGCUUUGAUGAUAAAUCAUGGAAACUUGCAAAAGGACUGACAGGUCCAAGAGGCGCUUUAAAAUAUCAAAUUAUCCUUCAUGAAACUUUCACGCCAAUCAAGGAAAUUUCUUCACGGCCCGGAACUAUCUGUAUUGAUUUGGGUCAAAACUCAUCUAUCAUGACUGAGAUCGAGGUUGAGGGAGAAGCUGGAAGCGAAACCAUAAUUAGGUAUGAAGAAACCACACAUGAAGAUGGCAUAAUAUGUAUGCCUGUUCCAUUAUUCAAGGAAUUCGAGACGAAAGUGUAUUCGAAAUUCAUCUUGGCUGGAACAGGUGGUAAGGAACAUUGGACACCUGAUUUUUGCUUCACGGGUGCAAGAUAUAUACAGAUUGAAGGUGUACGCAAUGCGAAAUUUACAGAAUCGAAAUUACCGAUCCUGCAUUCUGUCUGUGGUAGACACGUCUCGUCCGCUCCUUCAAGGUUGGGAACCAUGAAAACCGACAAAAAUGAGGUUAAAGCUCUUCUUUCGGCAUUGAAAUGGACUUCCUCGAGUAACCUUUUCAGUUACCACACCGUCUGCCCUUAA